AUGGUAGACCAAAGUUCCUCCAUGAAGACUAUCACAUACGAGAACAGCAGAGCCAAGCAAGUCUUCGAGAUCCCAGAAUCACUUGAAAACAUCUUGACGUCGCUCUCUACCCACGACCUCUUGUUGUGUCAACGUACAGUCAGCUGUUUCCGCGCCACCGUCAAAGGCUCCAUAAAGCUGAAGAAGAAGCCUUUUGUGGCACAAGAGCCAGACAUGGCACUGCGCCUUAACCCAUUCCUGAUGUGUGCAGCAAGCGAUAUCUACCACGAUCCCCGGAUCACCUGGCUAGAGGACCAGGCCAUGGUACGCCAGAACGCGAAGACCGAUCUUAUCUUGUGUCAUGGUCACAGGUGGUGGGUCAUCAGGGAAGCGCCAGCACAGCGCUAUACGCCAUGGGAUGUAUGGCAGUCCGCCUCAAACCCAGGCAAAUUUGCACUCACUUGGACUAUUAGAGAGAGCCCACACCCGGACGAAGUGCACGAAGAAGGUGCUGGAUUCCUGAUGAGGGACGCCUGGGGUCGGCGCUCGCAAGCCAGGCCUGAGCAAAUCGUAGGCGACGACGCUUCGGUCUGGGAUAUGCAGCUUUGCCACUCUGCUGGUUCGAUGGACGUUUGUUGUUCUAUGGUCAGCACUGGUCGGUACAGCUGGAAAUUGUCUGGACAGGUGGCUUCAAGAUCUGACAAAUGGAUCUAUGGACCGCCCAGAGAUUUUACGUUAAGGGAGAUGAUGGAUGGACUUGAGAGGCGAAGGAUGGGAGACAUAGGCAGCAUGUGGGUCAAAUUCUUCGAGACAGUUACCAGGCAAGCUGUCGGUUUAGUGUACACGAAUAGCCCGGUCGCUAUCUUGAGAAGCACGAGAAUAAGAAGGACGUGGGCCUUGGGUCAACGAGAUACAUGA